AUAUUAAAUGAAUUGCCAUCAGAUUUAUGUUGAGCUGCAAUAAUUGAAGACUGGAGUCGAACGAUCCGUAUGUUGGAGAGUAAAAAGGUGCGAGCUUUGGUAUAAGCCGUUGCGACUUUUAGACUUUUAGUUUUUUGUGAUAUACUAUCGAUACAUGAUAAAAUAAUCAUCUAUAUUAAGGCGAAGCACCUCAAACGAGCCAGAUUUAUAUCUAAUCAGGAACUAACAAAACAAAUAUAACUUGAAAAGAAAUAUGUAUUUAAAAGUGACAUAUGGAACUAAUGCAGGAACCGUUUGUUAGGAACCAAGUCAUAAGCCAUACUUCAUUCCUUAGCAAAUUAUCAAAAGUAGAAUAAUAGAAGCCAAAUAUACGGACUUCUUAAUAAAAUAUAAUGAUCACAACGGCCCAUAAUUGAUCAAUACCGGUAUUUAUCGAUAGAAAGAUUAUAAUUGAACCGGAAAGCUUAAGUCAACAACUAGCGGACUGGGGUAAACAGAAAUUUACCUGAGCUACGAGUAUCUUCUUUAAAUUCGAGCUAUGUUUCGUCUAUGCUUCAUUGUCUUGGGAAUAAUUGCGCUUGCGUCGGCUGUUAAUUUAUUUUGUACACUAAAAUGUUUAAAAUUUGGAGCGCAACAUGGCGCUUGUAUGAACCCGAAUGGAAGAUUAAACGGAGAUUGUCCACCAACGACUAGAAUACUCAACAUGAAUAUGCAUGGCUAUAAGAAAUUCUUACUAAACAAGCAUAACCAAUUGCGUAAUACAAUUGCUGGUGGAGGCAUAGGUAAUCUGCCGAAGGCGAAUAAAAUGGGCGAAGUCUUUUGGGAUCGCCAAUUGGGGUUUUUAUCGGUUUUUAGUAGCAAACGUUGCAGACUUAGCGAUCCGUAUUGCUAUCGCACUAGCUUACUGCCGAAUCCGGGACGAGUUGCCAAAACAUUUCAAUUCAAUAACAAAAGUGAAGUCAAUCCAACAAAUGUGAAGUUGAAAAUUGGCGAAUGGUUUAAGGAAAUCAAUGAAAUGGCAAACACAUUCAAGGAUAUAUUUCCACCGCAUGCGGAAAAAGUUUUAAAUGUCGCACACAUUAUUGAAGCGGCAAAUAAUCGCCUUGGUUGCUCCAUGUCGCAAUGGAAGAGUAAAGAUGCCACUGAAACGCUAAUAUUGGUUUGCCUCUAUGCAAGCGAUUUGAAAAACAAUUUACCACUAUAUUCUGUGGGCCCAACAGCCAGUAAAUGUCUAUCAAAAAGAAGCAUUUUAUAUAGAAAUCUAUGCAGUAUUAAUGAGGAUUAUGAUUACGCUGAAGGCCUACCGCAGUUUAUAAAAUCUAAUGCAAAAGUGCCUUUAUAUAGUAGAUAGAGAUCUAUUCAUAAUGGAUAAAUAAAACAAGAUUCAAUAGUCAUGUUCGUUACGCCACUUCUCUGUUUGCUAAGUUUAAGCUGUGCUGUGAAAGUGAACCAGUUGAAAACAAAAAAUUACAUGAAUAAUACAUUAUAGUAGUAUAACUGUU